UGGUGGUGGAGCAGAGAAGCUGGGUGCUGACUGGCGCCACUGUCGCCUUUGUCGCAGCGCUUUACCUGCCCUGCACACAGAAGGCUGUCCCCGGUGGAGACUCAGGAGAGCUGAUCACCGCUGCUUGUGAGCUGGGGGGAGGCUGUGUCGGUGUCACUAUGCCAGUAAUCCUGCCGUUAGUGCCGCAGUCCGUGUGGCCUGCGUGUCAGGCCUCCCCAGUGUUCGGCGGUCCUCCCUGGGCCCGGGAACGCCGGCCCUCCCCUCUGAUCCCCUGAGCUCUGGAGCUCUCUCUCCCCACAGCUCCCAGUGGCCUUGGUGUCCCUCCGCUGUCUUUUAGCUCUUUAACUAUGAGCCGGUCCAUCUCGAUUUUCCCCCACAUCCCGUCUUUCCUACCUCCACCUCAUGUUCACCUGUGUGGUACUGCCUGCCUGUCUGACCCACCCAUCUGUUUAUCAAACUGAGAUUUUUCACUGUCUCCCUUCACCCCUUCCUUUUCUUUCUCUCUCUCUCUUGGGCUCCUCCCCCUUCUCUGUGCCUUUUUACUGGCCACAUUUCUUCUCCUUCUGUCUUUCCAUUUGACCUCCCUUUGACCUCCCUUGCUUUAAAAGCUCCUCCAGUCUCUCCCCACUCUCCUCAGACCUAGCUGAGGCUGGUUGUUGUGGACAUACCCAAGGAUCCAGUGAGCCUCGGCCGUGUCCGUGAUGAUUGGUGGUGCAAUCACUCCCUCACCUCUCAGUGGCGGCUCCAUUUGAAGGGCUGCCCCUGCUCUACGGCUGACCCAGCCUUAUCUGUGUCAGGGAAGGAGUCUGUGUGUAAUGACUGAGCCCUUAUCGGCCUGGAGGAGACUUAGCGGCUAAUUGCAGUGAUUUCUGGGAUCCCCCGGGUGAGAGUGGCUGCGGCUCUGAGGGGAUUUGGGAGGCUGGUGUGCACCACGUGCUGCAGCACGGACCCCAGAGAGUUGCCCUGUCCUUGGGAAGUGAUGAAGGGAGGAAGAGGAGGAGGAAUGGUUUGUGUAGAGAGACAAAAGAGGGUUGGGAGGCCCUCUCAUAGCAGAGUCAGUCAGUCAGUGGUCAGGACCCAGUAACAGUAUGGCUGUCUAGGCCUACCACUCCAUCCCUUCACUUCCACCACCACUCCCCCUGGGGCACUCAGGUACAGCACUGGUGGAAGUGAGGCUAAUUAAAAUGACAGGCUUUCAUUACCCUGCUACCACCUCUCCCUUUCAUCCUGCCUCAGCCCCGUACCCCCACUCUGUAUAGUUCCACCACACUUAUUUAAACAUUUCCCACUCCUCAAACGCAUUAGCCUGAUAUCCUGGGCCAGGAGUAUUUCCUGAAUGGGCCAGGAAAAACUUCUACCUAUACACUGAUGUCCUCAGGAUAGUGGGUUCCCUCCUGUCGCUCUCCUCAUCAUCCCUCCCCCGGUUACUGUCCUUUCUCUCUCUCUCUGUUGGUGCAGGUGGCUCACCCCCCGGGAUACCCAGUCUUCACCCUCUUAGCCUGGCUGGCUCUGUCCCUACUGCCCUAUCUCUCCCUCUCCGUGUCUCCGGCCCACAGUGUCAACCUGCUGAGCAGCAUGCUGGGGGCCGGGGCCAGCGGGGCCCUCUGCUUCACUGUCUGCAGACUGGCAGGCCCAGGGCCGGGUGCGGUGCUGGCUGGUGGAGUGUUUGCUGUGUCCAGGCUCAGCUGGCAGUGGUCGGUGGUGGCUGAGGUCUUCUCCCUCAACAACCUCUUUGUUGGGCUCCUCUUCUCCCUGACUACCAGCUUCCACUGUGCUGACAGUGCCCCCCAGAGGAGGAAGGUUUCCCAUUGGGGGGCGCUGUGCUGUGGCCUGGGUCUGUGUAACCAGCACACUCUGGUGCUGUACGUGGUGGUCAUCAUUCCCUGGGUCCUGCUCCAACUCUACUCUCACAGAGAGCUGUCUGUCUGUGGGCUGAUGUCUCUGGGACUGUGUUUCCUGGGGGGUCUACUGCCCUACGUCUACCUGCCUAUCUCCUCCUACCUGAACACAGCUCGCUGGAGCUGGGGAGACCAGACUUCCCUCUCAGGCCUCUUUACUCACCUACUGAGGACUGAAUACGGCACCUUCAGCCUGGCCAAGACAGAAGGUACCGGGAACCUCACCAUGAUGCUAAAGGCUCAGCUGGACCACUGUAUGGCUGACCUGUCCCUCCCUGUGCUGGUCCUGGCUGGACUGGGCAUGUUCCUCAUCUCCUGGGACAGGAGACGCCUUGUUGUUCCCUGGCUACUGACGGCCAUGCUGCUACUCUACUCCCUGUUCUUUGCCUGGAGAGCCAACCUGGACAUCAGCAGACCCCUACUGCUGGGAGUGGUGGAGCGGUUCUGGCUUCAGAGCGAUGCUGUGGUGUGUGUGCUGGCUGGGCUGGGCCUGAGUUGGACACACACAGGCCUGGAGAGGAGGCUAGGCCAUGGGGGUCUGUGGAGGGCCGGAGGCUGGCUCUUCACCGUAGGUGUCCUGGCACACAUGGUGCACUCCAACCAUCGGGAGUGUGAUCAGAGCAUUAACAGUGUUGUGGAGCGGUUCGGCAGGGAGCUUCUGGCCUCUGUUCCUCCAGACUCUAUCAUCCUGACCCGGGGAGACCUCCCAGGGAACUCUCUGCGCUACCUCCACUACUGCCAGGGGGUCCGGCCUGACGUACACCUCGUUGACCAGGAGAUGAUGACGUACAGCUGGUACGUGGCCAAGCUGGGCCAGCAUCACCCUGGGGUUCAUUUCCCUGGGCUCUGGUGGGACCCGGUCCACACUGAGGAGAAGGACACCUUCAGUCUGGAGCAGUUCCUCUCUCACAACACACGGGGGGCCGUGCUGGCCUGCAUCGGGCUGCCUAACGGGGACCCCAGCUGGGAGAGGAGCUUCUCACGCUGGCCCCUAGGCGUGUGUGACCACCUGGUGCCUGCCCAGGAGCACUUCCACCCAGAGGAGUGGGCCCGUCGCACCCGCUACAUCUAUAACUGGACCGAGCCACACAACAGUUUCCACCCAGGGUCCUGGGAGAGGGUGGCUAAUGAGGAGAUGUGGCAGGCCAGGAUGAAGACGGCUUUCUUUCUGUUUGACCUGGCUGAGAGGAUCCAGGGAGAGGGGAAAGCUCGCCUGUUUGAGCUCUCCUACACUCUGUAUAAGGAGAUUGUGGAGAGCCAUACAGACUACCCUCCCAACUGGGAUAAAAACCUGGCCCUGGCCAGCGAGAGGCUCCUGCGUUCAGGGAAGCAGGGCCACAGCCCUGAUAGCCUGCUGACCUGCAGCAUCCAGCACUUCAGCCUGUACCUGGACAAGGAGCCCACGGACUCCCAGGCCCCCGCCAUCCACACUGCCGUCUCCCACCUGCUGCAAGAGAGGACCAGGCUCCGGCAGAAACACACCCCGUGAGGGAGGGGAGUGUCAGAUAGAGCAGGCAUACAGGAAGUACUGCAGGACACCAUGGAGACUGAGGAGGAGAGGUCCUCUCAAUGAGUGUGGCAGCCAGGGGAUGUUGACUGACCUACAUGCUGCGUCUGGUGCUCUAACUUCUCUGGUGGUUGGGAUGAAGGGUUUUCUCAGGGGUUGAACACGCCCAGUACAGUGGAGAGUAGACUGGGCUCUACCGGCAGUCAUCAUGGACAAAUGUAUGUAUGAUGCCCUGGAAAAUUCUGUGAUGAAGUAGGGCAGGAAAAACAUCCCUUGUCAAAGAAUUGGCUACAACAUGGGACCUAAUAUGGAGGUAGUGCUGGUGAUGGGGCUCUCUGUGAUGAGGUGGGGUUGUCCAGACAAACAGGAACCAGGCUGCACCUCACACUGCAGCAAUGUUUUCCACUGGGGACAUUACAUGAUUUUUGCAGCCUGGAUUGAACCCAAUCAAGCUGUUCAAGUCUCCCACACACACACUUUUAUUUACUGUUUCCCUGUCUCAUUUUUCUGUCUCUCUCUCUCUCUGCAUCUCUUUCUCUCAAACAGCUUUUAACGUUAUGAUUAUGUGGCCGUGGCCACCUGCUGAUUUAGUUAUAUUUUUCUCCCAUUAGGUGGCAGGGCUGAGAUUGAGGGAAACCCAAUUUGGGUGCAGAAAUGGGGGAUUAGAGCAGGCUCUUAAUCUGUGACAGAUUUGUGCAUUGCCACGCUGUCGCUGUCCUGGGCUCUGGUCUCUUAGCGUGACCCUGGCUCCCAGUCGCCACCCCUGCCCAUCCAUCCAUCUGAGUUGGUCCUUUAAAAACAAAUGGAUUCAAUUAGCUUUUUUUUCUCCCUUUGACGACAGAGCUAUAAUCCCUCAUAGAUUUAAAUUAAAUAUGAAAUGUUACAAUGCCAGGGACCCUUUUAGAGGUGUGUGUGUGUGUGUGUGUGUGUGUGUGUGUGUGUGUGUGUGUGUGUGUGUGCCCCUCCAGUGAUACGCAGAGAGGAAAAACACACGCACACACACCGAGCAGUGGAGCGCUUUCAUUUCCAGAGAGACAUUCCGUCACGCAGACAUCGAGUCACAACCACAGUCACGCAGACACUCAGAGACGUUGCAUCCAGACAUGCAAAGGUCCUCAGCAGCACAACCUACACUCCUGGGUAGAUGGACUCAGUCACUUGAGGCUGGUCUGAGAGACAUGGUGAUUCAGUACACUUAAUUACAUAUUUAACUACUUUCCCUUUCAUUCCUUCUCCCCUCUGUUCUCACAUAGACUUUCUACCUAAUUUACCGUAAACAUUCUCAGUCUGUGAACAUGCCAUUUCACUCUUUUGGGGCUGGUGUGUUUGAUAUUUGGGCGCCACUGAUUUCUAUGAGACCUGGUCCACAGCCACUCCUGUGUCCUGUCCUGUCAUCUGCUCUCAUUGUACUUUUAAUGGCAUGGACAGAGAGGGCAGAGCACUAGAAGUGCUGCUCCGGGUCCUCUCAGAAAACAACCUGCCCUCUGCUCUGUCCACGGGGCUGGCUGAUGAGAACGGGCCUAGGACAGAUGGUACAUCUCGCUCUCUCAGAAAAAAGUAUUUUUCUGUUCUCCAAAGAUUAAAAUACUCUAAGAAAGAUUUUUUCCACUUUAAAAA